UCCUAAAAUCAUGCCACAUCAGCCAUUUACAAUUUUUUUUAUGGAUAUAUUUUUCACAAUCACCAUCGAUAUCGUUUGAUACUCUUCCAUAAACGCUUUGUAUCCUCUCUCAGAUAUUUCUAAAUCCAAACGGCAUCUUAAAUUGUGAAUUGAAGCGUCAUGUGAUUCCUCUUAAAAAUCCAGAAUGACUAAAGAUUCAAGUAUGUGACUGCCUUAUCUCCAUCAGUGCUUCAUCUUCUAAGUUCAGGUAUGGCUGAUGCUAUUUAUAUCAAAGGCGUCGCUGUCACUAAGUAUAAGAGGUCUGCUGUAAAGGUCUCAGAGGAGUGGCCAUCUAAGUAUUCAAAGUUCUUAGUCCAGCUUGAUGAUGGUCUGGAGCUUUCCAUUACUGAUAAGAGGAGAUUGGCCAAAGUUCGACUUCUAGCUAAUCCAACAUCUGUGAGCCCAAUAUCAGAGCUUCAUCCGAAUGCAUUGUUGGAGCCUAUGACAGUUGAGGAAUUUGCAGCAAGCUUAGCUAAAAAGAAAAUAACCAUAAAACCUCUCCUACUUGAUCAGCUUAAUUAUCAGCUUACACUUGGCUUAAGCUAAUAACGAGAGUGUUGAAGUAGAAACAGAACAAUAAGAAUUGACAUGGCCAGGCUAUGAACUUGAAGACAAAAGGGAACAUAACAAAAAAAAAAAAUUGAAUGCAUAUGAUAUUGAUAUUCUUCCGUGAAAUCCAGCUUCUGUCUUAAAAGUUAUUGACUUUCUAAAUUAAAGGUCUCACACUCUCUUCUCUAAACUCACUCAUGGUCAAUGAUUUUUUGGAAUCGCAGAAUUUUAUCACCUCCGUAAAGGAAUUUGUCUACGGAUAUUUACAACGCAAAUGAUGAUGGACAUUGACCUUCACCAAAUUGUACAUUGAAGAGCAGCCAAAUCUGUGAGGGUGAAAAUUGGAGGCAGCGCUAGGUUCAUAAACUCAAUCGAUAUAAUAGAAUUAGGAACCAAAACGAGGAUCAAGGGCUAAAAUUAAUCAAAAUAAUAGUACAUAACCAAAUAAAUUGUACAAUAUAGUUUUUCUUUCCAUUAAAAUGUUUAAUACACCAUGAUUUUUCUGAUGUAUAUGAAAUAAAUUAA